GCCGACCUCGUUGAAAUACGGCAUGGAAUCAUCCCAAAUGACUUGCCAUGUAGGCCUAACGGAGUGCUCAUGCUUACAAUCAAAGUUCUAUCAGGAGUUGCUUGACUCUGGAUGGCGACGAUCAGUCCCGAUAUGGGUCGGACGUGCUGUCCUCAGUACACUAUUCGACUCGAUGCUCAAGCUUUCAAACCUUCUAAGAAGCAGCGACAAGUGAUCAACCGGAUGAAUCGAUAUCUCUCAGGAACGAAAGCUGGAGAUAAACUGCCAGAAUCGGAGUUGAGAGCGUUUGAAUCGGGUUACGGAAGGGAUGGCGGCGCGCAUCGACUCGAAACUCGCCUGAUCCCUGCCAAGGCUUCUCGUGAAACCUUUGCACUCUACAAAAAGUAUCAGGUCGCUGUCCAUCACGAUCGACCUGAAUCAGUCAGUAUGAAUGGCUUUCGACGUUUUCUCUGCGACAGUCCUUUGAUACCCUCGGAUAUACCGUACGAAUCAGACGCUCCCGGCCUUCCUUCAAGCUAUGGCUCAUAUCAUCUCCUGUAUCUUGUCGACUCGGUCCUCAUUGGCAUCUCCGUCAUUGAUAUUCUGCCCUCUUGCGUAUCAUCAGUCUACUUUAUUUGGAAUCCAGACUGGGCUUGGGCGAGCCUAGGGAAAUGGAGCGCAAUGCGAGAGGUUGCCCUAGCUAGGGAUAUACAGGCGGCAGGUGCAACUGACAUGAAAUGGGUGUAUAUGGGAUACUGGAUAGCGGACUGUCAGAAGAUGCGGUAUAAAUCUGAAUAUUCUCCAUCCUACCUUAUGGAUCCGGCCACCUUCGUCUUUCAUCCCCUCACCUCUGAGCUUGAUGCAUUUCUCCAAGCUCAUCCUCACGGUUAUCAUCCAUUCGAAGAGAGACCCAAGUCUCAACCACUGCUACCUGCGUUGGCCUCCUCCGAGUUCCCUUCCCCUGCUCCGGUGGGCUUUGCCGAGCCUGAAACCAUCUCCGUCGACGAUUUGAUCAUCCUCCUCUCGGGCAGAGCGGUGCUUGUGGAGGACGUGCCUUGGGUCAAACCCGAUGAGAUCAAGACUGCAUUGAGAGAGCUCGUGGCGGCUGUAGGCGUGAAUCGUAUGGCCACACCAGGUCGGCCCGGUGCAGUGAUCUCAUUCUCAUAGUACGCGCGGGAUCAAAUUUCCGCGCAAUCAGACGCGCAAAACCGUCGCCCAUCGUGCACAAAAUGUCCAUUGCAA